UUAAAAUCCCACUGUGCGCCGGCCUAACACGCCCUCUUGGGGGGCCGGUAUAAAAGAAGAGCGACCGUCAGGUCCACCACCACCACCUUUCUUAUAUUCGUCAGCAGCGAGCGCCGAAUAAUCAUCAUUAUCAACUACUACUACUACCACCACCACCAUUAUCAUGGGAUCAUUGGAGGUGCCCUAUGAGCUGCCGGUGGCUGAUGCCGUGAACUUCGGGUGGUGCCUGACGGUGCGUGGAGCCAUCUUGGACAACCCAACCGGAUUCACGCUGAACCUGCGCACCGCCGACGGGAAUAUCGCGCUGCACUUGAACCCGCGCUUCCAGGACGAUGACGCUGGCCGCGUCGUCGUCCUCAACUCGCAGCUCGGCGACAGCUGGGGCUCCGAGGAGCGGCCCGGAGUGUUCCCGUUCUCUCCGGGUGAGCCGUUCGAGGUGAGGCUGCGGUGCUGCGAGGACGUGUGGCGCGUGGAGGUGAACGACGUGAUCCCGCUGUGCGACUUCCGCCACCGCGCCGAGGCCUCCAGCAUCACCGGCGUCCACAUCUCUGGCGACGUCUCCCUCUCCGCCGUCGAGACUUCCUAGGGCACCCCAGUGGGGAGACGGCAGCGCUCGCUUGACGCUCUGCGUCCGCGUGGUGCGGUGGUCUCGUCGCUGUCAUUUUCUGAUACCUUUGGGCCCGAUCUUAGUGGGUUUGUAGAAAUGCGGUUGAGUUGGGGGGGGGGGGGGGGCUUUUUUUGUAAAGCCUGUUUUGGUGAUCUCCACCAAAAAAUUUGGCAGGAUUAUUUUCCACUGCAAUAUGAAGCAGCACCCGAUUGUUUUGCUUUCUGCUUGUAUCGGGUAACUUCUUUGAGCCGAAACAAUGCAAAUUUUGUGAUGUAAUCUCUCUGCUUGCUUCACUUUCCUGUGAUCACCGCUGGCAAUGUCAGCAUCGCAGGAGGUGAGCCCGUGGGGUCGUUCGCAAUGCCCUUCUGGCUUAACGCGAGUGGCUGAACGUUCCACCCCGCUAGUGGCACUGCAGUACCGACACAUUGAUAAUUGCGGAGGAAGGUUGAACGGCUCGAGAUUGUUGUCGCUGACGAGUGAAUGCAUUUUUUUGCCGUUGCUUGGCAAGGGAAAUAAAUUCGCAAACUGC